GCAGUGCAACCGCGCCUGCGCGGCUGUCCGCACCGCUUUGCUCUCGCGCAGAUAUCAAUCGAUCGAUAAUUCGAAACCCUGUGCCAAUAGUAUGCUCCGCUGAUCUUAGCCGUUCAUUGCUCUGCUGAAUAUUGAGAACGUGUUGUGAAAAAUCUUUGUCUAUUUUAAGUAGACAUUUCAUAAGUGAUGUGUCGCGACCUUGAAGGGCCAUUUUUAUAAAUAUUUGCAGCGGUGAUGUGACUGUGCCAAUAAUGGAUUUUAUGUGCUUAUCUUUAUAUAUAGUUACAUAUAUAACUAAUUUAUAUCAAUUAAAAUAAUUAUCUAAAAAGAGCCGUUAAAAGAAAGUAUUUUUGUAUUACGCCAUAAGUUUCACUUCGUAAAUGUUUGUCAAGUAGAUUUCCACAUAAAGUUUUAUAUAUUCGUGUCAUAUCUUUCGCGAAUUCUCAAGUAAUUGCGAAUUCUCUGCAUAUUUCCUUAUUUAAUUUGAAAGUAUAAGUACAGGCGUGUUAUAAAAAGGAAGUUAAAGUAGUACUAACAUCGUUUAUGUAGUGACAGUUAAAUUUGUGAAAAUUUUGAAUAUCUGAUAAGCAAAUCCGCACAUGACGCAAAGUACGACGCUCACUGUAAAUAAAUAAUGACCUAAUUGUACCUUACGUCUUAGCUAUUUUCGUUACUCCUUGGUACACGACGGACAUCAGAUUUCUGAAUCAGUGUUAGAUCAGAAGGCUUAUGCUACACAGGAUUUCAAAAGAUAGUGAAGGCAACUUUCGAAAAGGGCUUGCCGGUGAAGUGAUUUCUAGUUGUAAUUGAUGAAGUGCGAAUUUGCUGUGGUUUAUUGCGUUUGAACAUUGUUAUGUUCCGUGCGAAGAUGACAUUAGAAUGAGUGCAAUGUUUUGUGCUAAAAUGCCUCAUUACGACGAGAGUUUUAUUCAUGAUGAUAAUUUAAAUCAAAGGCGUAAUAAACGCAGUUAUCGAGUAUACAAAAACGGUGCAAAUCCUAUCAUCUUAAGUCAAUCCAAUGCUGUAAAACCUUUUGAGGUUAAAGGCGAUUUAAAGCAUAUAAGAAAUCGAAAAAAUCGCGGUAAUCGUUAUAAGUUUGAGAAAUCUCCUAUACAAGAAGGCAUAUAUAUUCAAUAUAAAACACCAGAUAUACUGAUUCAUUGUCCAAGCAUAAGUGUCUUCGAUCCAAGUAAGUUAAAUGACAUAAGAAAUAAUAAUAUCGUUACGUUGACGCCUUGUAAAAGCUUCGACAAUUUGACAUUGAAACAGACAAAAAAGGACAAGUCGUUUCAUGAAACUCUACGAAACGGAAUAAGCUUACAAAAUUUAUCGCGCGAUGAUAGUCUGAAGCAUUAUAUAUCACCAUUAGAAGAAAGAUGUCCUCCGAGAAAAGGCGAUGUGAGAAAUUCUUAUUCAAUUGAAGAAGCUCGUCGAAGACCUGCUCAUAGAAAGUAUUCAAGGGGUACAGCUGCACCUGGAGUUGGUGUUUAUCGAAAAAUCAACGGAGAUGUUGAAAGGAGUGCUAAAGAAAACGAAGCGUGUGCUGAAGGCGGUUCAGGUCAUCGGGGGUCCUUGCGUGGCGCCAAUAAGUUAGCACGGCGCGCGCGCUCUUUCAAGGACGACCUAUUAGAGCGUAUAUCCAAUAUGCGUUCGCCUGCGCAGGCGCCGCAUCCGCCACAUCUCUCGAAUAUCAGAUCACAUUCUCCGCUCAGUCCAAAACUUCGGAAUAUGGGGAAGGGGAAUACACCGCAAGACAAUGAAACAACUCCCGCCAAAGAACUCGAACGGCUAGUCAAAGAGGUCAGAUUCGGCUUGAAGCACUUCUCCGAUGUCAUCACUAAGAGGAAAUUGGAGAUGUUGCCGGAUAACGGCACGAUAGUGUUUGAAUCGAUCGCAAACAUACAUAAGGCAAUAAAACCGUACUGCGGUCGAUCGCCGUCCCUCAUGAGUGCUGUGAAGCGAUUAUGCACAGCACUGGCCAUGCUAAUCCGUCUUUGUGAUGAAGUCGCGGUCGCCAGUCUUCGAUCAAACGCUGACGACUCAGAAACUGAAAUUUCCACCGCAGCCUUGUCUCCAGAGAAUGUUAAUUCUGUGGUAAAAGGACUUAAGUUGGCGGUAGAAGAAGUGGCGAGUCUUGCGCAACAGUAUAUGGCAAGGCCGGCAUUAUCGCCCCGUCCGGCGGUUGUUUCUCCGCGGGCAUCGACGCAGAGGAAUUCUUUGCCUGAUAUACCGUUAACGCCCAAAGAGAGAUCUCUACUCACGGGAGAGCCAGGGACGGAAAAUAGCGGCGUACGCGCAUCACAUUCAUCAGAGUCGAUACUGGAUGCUCCAGACACACCCCCACCCAAACCUGCAAGGCCUAACCGGAAAAUCGAGUUGGCCCCACCGUUGCCGCCUAAGCGCAAGUCGGCUAACGACAACUCUCUGUUAGGAGUUUCGAUUGACAGUUUAUCAAUGCAAUCACAUAGUAGCGGCUCUCAAGACUCGAUGUUGAACGUGUCUAAUGACGAAGAGAGGAAUACGCAUGAUUCAAUGAAUCACGUGUUUAUAACUCAACCCAGUACAGAUUUAGUCAGUAUAUGUAAUUGUAACAAUUUAAAUGAAAUGAGGACCUCGGUGGAGUCACACGAAUCCCAUAUGAGUAAUGCUCACUCCCAUAAUCGAUUCUCGAACGAGUCCGGCUUUGUGUCUGUGGGCCACUCAGAGAUGUCAACAGAACACAGCUUCACGUCCACCUUUUCGUCACAUCAUUAUUCUAGUCACACGGACAGUACUUUUGAAAGUACAGAGUAUGUGAGCGGAAUGAAGUGCACAGUGCAAAAUGAGACCCGCAUGAAUAUAAUCAGUAUGAACAGUGUAACAUCACAUAAUACAAAGUUGGAGAGCAUAACGUCAGACGAGGGCGAGACGCCGCCAGAGUUGCCGGUGAAGACGCGACGUAACAUUCGCGCUGAUGUGCAACAACACUUCCCCAAUGUUGAAAUCAGAAAAAGUCCGCCAUUUUCGCUUCAUGACGCAAGACCGCACACGUUAGCCGAACAUAACCACCAGCGACCGCCACCAUUACCGCUCAAGAAGAAACACAUGUUUCAAAGCGUCGCCUACAGUGUUAUGGCGUAUAUGGAGAUGUUUGGUAACUGCAGUCACACGAUGAACGCCCAUCCCCAGAUAAAUCCGGAGGCUCCACCUGAUAUGGCAUUCAGGCAUUCUAUACACACAUAUAAUUUGUCCAGUGCUCAACACAGCAGUACGGGCACCCUGAGCAUAGGUCACCAUCAAGUUCAACGAUCUUUGGCCUCAUCAAUAACGGUUCAGCAUUUGAGUACACCGCCACUCAGUGGGUCUGAAGACAGCGUUAGUAUGAUAACAUCGAAUAGAACGAGUCCACUGCCGAUAGAGCCGCCGGCGCUACCUCCAAAGAUGAACAAAAACAAACAGGUUUCGAUUACCUCAAGUAACGAAUUAUUGCCUCCGCCAUCGCCGCGACCUUCCUCACACAACAGUAGUUGUUCUGCAGAUGAAUCUAUGCUCAAUAAUGUGAGUACUGAAGAGAUGUAUGUGAGCGUGUCAUCGCCAGGCAAGUUUCCACUUGAUGAGGAUGAGAUUGAUCGACUCGAGUCGCGAGCGCCUUCGCCUGUACCCUCACAGCGAAGUGAAAGCAGCACAGAGCCGACUCAAACUGAAACUGAAAAAUCUCCAGUCGUACCAGAUUCGGAAGAUAUAGUCCUCCAAACGGAUGUCAGUACGUGGCUCUUACUCAAAGGCCCGACGAAAGAGGGCGUUGAUGUGAGGGGUGGGCACCCAGAUGCCCUUAUAGUGCUCGCCACUAAGGCUACCAAAGACUUCGCGUACCAGGAAGCGUUCCUGGCAACGUACCGUACGUUCCUGGCACCGCACGAGCUCGUCUCGCGAUUGGUGCGUCGGGCACAUCACUUCAGACCGCGUCCGCACGAACUAAGAUCCACACUCGGUCUGCUUACUAGAGUUAUUGCUGACCUCACAAUGUCAGAUCUGGAUAGGUCGUUGAUGCAACAAAUUAUGGAAUUUAUAUAUUGGCUUGUUGAGGCUGAAGAACUGCCUAUUUCUAAAGCGUUACGUCAGAUUUUGGUUGAUAAACAGAAACAACUGCAUUUCCAAAAUACAAACAACAGAUUCGAAUAUGAUCCAUGCUAUGGAACAGUUUCCCUCCGACGGGACACCUUACUGGACUUUAAGGCGUCCGAAUUGGCCGAACAAAUGACAGUACUAGACGCGGCUUUAUUCGUUCGAAUAACGACAGCGGAACUUCUCUCGUGGCCAAGAGAUCAGUCGGAAGAGAAGUCACCGAACCUUACGCGUUUCACGGAGCACUUCAAUAAGAUGAGUUUCUGGGCGCGAUCGAGGAUUUUAGAGCAGGAUGAAGCACGCGAACGCGAGAAGUACGCGAGUAAAUUCCUAAAAGUUAUGAAGGCCUUACGUAAAAUGAACAACUUCAACUCCUACCUGGCUCUCGUAUCGGCGUUAGACUGCCCUCCAGUUAGAAGAUUGGGGUGGGCCAGAGCUAUAGAAGACGCCUUGACCGAUCACUGUACUUUGAUUGAUUCAUCCAUGUCCUUCCGCGCGUAUAGACAGGCGCUUAACGAGACGCAACCACCCUGUAUACCUUACAUAGGCCUCUUCCUGCAAGACCUAACAUUUGUACAUGUGGGAAAUCAAGAUUUAUUACCCGAUGGCAGCAUCAACUUCACAAAACGAUGGCAACAAUACCACAUAAUGGAGAAUAUGAAGCGGUUCCAUAAAGAACAAUACAAAAUUAAGAAGAACGAUCGCAUUCAAGCAAUGUUCAACGAGUUCGACGAUGUUCUAAGCGAAGAGACGAUGUGGCAAAUAUCUGAAAGCAUCAAACCUAGAGGCGGACGCGCUCGUAAUGCUUCUGCGCCUUCGCCGCCUGCGCAUGCAGCUACUGCCGCCACAUAAUUGUUAGGUGUACUUUAUAAAUCCAAAGAAAUUGAAGUGGACUGACUCGGGAUUGCACGAGGAUUUGUUAUAACAGAAAGGCCUAAUUUAGUAUAUAGUUUUGUGAUUGGCGAUAACGACUUUAUUACACCUACUUUUCAACCCAACUAUACAAUUUUCUACUUCUAGCUCAUUAUACUAUUUCUAUAUUGGAUUACAUGAAGACAUUAUGUUUUGUUAUACAUUAAAGUUCAUUUUUUUUUAAUUUUGGCGAAGCUUAGGUCUUUCGACUAAAGUGCUUAGCAAAUUUAACAAUCUCGUAUCAAAAUAUAGCACAAUGGAUGAUCGUCACAAUCCUGAUCUAAAAUUUUUUUUAAUUUAUCAUCGCUACUUGGACUUCGGUCUGAAGUGUGAUUAUUCGCAAGUAAAUUGAACAAUAUCGCGGCACAUAAAUAAAAUAUGUAAAUGCUAAUGACAAGCGACGCAAUGUUCUAAUGUUUAGUUUUCAUAGGUCAUUAAUUAACACUAUAUUCAAUCAAUUUUGACAUUGCUGUCAGCUGUCAAACAAUUUUGACUUGACACUUGUAAAUCAUAGCUCAAGACGUGUAUAACAAAACGUAAUACAUCAUUAAACAUCAAUUACAAAUUUUCAUUAACGGGUAAAGUAAAUUUAGCAUUAUAUAUUAUUUUGAAUAAUCCAAUAUCGCUCAUCCAGCGAACAAAGAAAUAGUAUAGUUAUUUUUGUAUCUUACACAGUAUUCGAAAUCUAUCAGUAUUGAAAACCCUAUUUUCUUACUAUCUCAACAUAUCAGUGACGUAAUGUGCGUAUAGAUGAGAAGUAUAUGCUUAACAUCUUACAUCGAAUUAGAGGACUUUAAUAGGCUUAUUGCUAGACGUAAAAUAAGUAGGCUUAAAAUUUUAACUAUCAUCGAAACUUGUUUGGACUUUGGGAUUAUGUCCGGAUAACAAAUGUAACAACGCUUUAUCGGAUUAAAAUGCGUUUAAAUUUUACAAUUUUGGAGCUGGCAAGUCACGUUAAUAAUCGUAAAAUUGUGAUGAAUGAAUUUUAAUCUGGUAAUGAAAUGUGAUAUUCGCGUUAAUAAUAUUUUUCAGUUUGGAAGUCUGUUGACACACAUGUGUGUGACUUUGCCACAGAUCUCAUAAUAAUACUAUUUUCUUGCUCCUGUUAAAGUUGCAAUAUAGUUCUCAUUGCUUUAUAUUAAGGUUGCUUUUGGAAUAGCAUCUUUAAAGAUGUCAAAAUUAAAAGAAAAUCUACAAUAGUAUUAUUGUGAAGUUUGUGUCUCGUGACUAAAAUUUAAUUAAUUCAUCGUGUUAGCUUAGAAUAGUGUGAAGUUGUUUCUAUUAUGAUAAUGCUAAACGUGCCUAAGUUAUGUGCAUCUUACCUCUAUUGGUGACAGAAAAAUUAUACAAAAAUCUUUUGCUCUCAAAAAAAAAUAUUUUCAAUUUAACAACUCAUUUCUUUCUGUGCUGAAAAUCUAGUGAACGAAAAUAAAACCCUAUUUCCAAAGGGCGUAGACACUUUUUUGUGUGUCUAAUUUAGAAAAAAUAUUUCGACCAAAAAAUUAUAAUUUUUUUACCCUCAAAUCAAUCAAAUAGUUUUUCUGUCUCUAACGGGUAAGUAGUGUAUAGUAGCUUCUCUUAAGACUCUGAUAUUGUUAACUUUGUGUAUCGAAUGUUUGUCGUCCGUCAUAAAAUGUGCCAAAAUCAACGAAAAACUAUAUCUUCUCCUCGAAUUUAUGGUAUCUUGUUGGGCAUUACACUAUUUGAAAUAAAUCAGUGUUAUACGCGGCUGUCUAUAAAUCUGUCUCUUUUUAGCACAGCGUUAACACAAUUUUAUAGUAAGAGACGGGUUAUAUCUGAUACGGCUUAAAGAUUUCAUUUUUAUCAAUAAGCGAGUUCUUUGAAAUACUUUGACAUUAUUUAUAAGAGUUAUUUCGCAUUAUAGAAAGGCUCUUAGUUCGUUUUAUACGUUAAAUGCCUCAUAAUCUAGACUCUGAUUUUAUUAUAUUUUUCUAGUUACUGAUACUUUGCGAUUUAUUUCUAGCAUCACAUUAGCUUAACUCAAUCUUAUGAAUAUCAUUCUAUACGUUAUAACAAUAGAUAAAUAUUUUCGUUAGUAUAAUAUAUAUUUGGAAUUUCAAUUUUACUAUAUGAAUUUUUAUGUAUUUAUUGUAACAUAAUUAGCGCAAUGUUUUAAGCGUUUUAAUGAAAUUUAGUUUAUUUUUGAUAUUCAGAAAUUCUAUUUUUCCUAUAACGUUUCCUCAAAGGAAACUGAAUUUUCAUAAUGGAACAAUGUAAAAAUUCUUCGUCACGUGUUCUGUCAUUCAUGAAUAUGAAUUUAGCUUAGAUUCGGGACUCGUAAAGAUAUACGUGACAAGUAGUUCUAGAGUUUCUUGCGAUUUUUCGAUUAUUUAAUACUCCGUUUUUCAACACAAUUUUUUUACCUUUAUGGUACCGAUCCUGACGGGCUUGCUUGGCGCUUACGAAUCUUAUCUGAUAGUAAGAAUAUUUAAAGCCAAGUUCAUAAUGCUCUUCCCUCUUGUUACUAAGCGUAUUAUUUAGGACAAGUGAAAAGCCAGCCAGUCAGUGAAGACAUAGCCUUAGACAGUGUCUAAUAUAGCAAUAAUUUAUUCGAGCACUCCAUGUGAUAAUCACUCGUACGAGUGUUGCUUACAACUCAUUUGACGUCCUCUAUACGUAGAAAAAUAUUAUUAGACAAAUAUUUAAUGUAAGCGUAAAUAAACCCCAUUUUAUCGAAGUGUAGUUGUCUCAAUAUAGUCAAUAAAGCUGUCACAUACAUGUUUUUAGAGUAAUUUAUACAUUGGAAUGUGGCAUACCGCAAACGUUUUAUAAAGUUGUAAUCAGACGAUAAAAACACGAAUCUUAAUGGUCGAUCAAAAGCUUCGUACGAUAUGAUUUAUUCAUAAAAAAUCCAUAUCCAUCCUUAUUGUAGAAAUCGGGUCUAAACGUCGCAAUUGCACGGUCAGUCUAAAGGCAGCUUUUUAGCCGCAAUAAAAACGAUUGCAGAUCAAUCCAAUUAUUUAAAUAUUUUAACGCAACAUAGAUAAAAUCUUAACGAAAUGAGAUGAAAUAUUACACACUAAAAACGAAAAACAAAGCGACCAUUAAGUCUAACUAUUCCUACAAACCGCACAAAAACGGUGUGUCAUAUUGCGAUGAUUAUAUAAACAUUUGAUAGAAUAAUGAGGGCAGUAAGUAGUAUAUAAUCGCAGUGUUAGUGUUUUGCAUGUUAUGAGGCGUCUCAGCAAUAAUUACUAGACCAAUAUUUAGAUCGUUUUACAUCGCUUUACAAAUGUUUGUCUUAAUAUUGUAUAAAUAAUUUGUAUGUUUUGGUAGGUUACCAUUUUGUUGGGUGUUAUUGUGAAGUUCAGUAAUAUUGGUGUUAAGAAGACUGCCUAAUUUACUCAAUAGUGGUAAUAAUUAUUGCAUUGCUUAUCAAGCGAUGAGUUUUCUGUGGCAAACACGAUUAUUUAUUUAAAAUGCAUGGUACAUUUAAGUAAAGCGUACAUCGUAUGUUGUAUUAGCACAGUAUUAUGUUAUGAAUGCCAUAAUGUAUCAAUGGAUUAUCACCGUUUAUUUAUUAAACGGUUUCUGUUUUUAUUUUACUAUUAUAAUUUGUACAUUAGUUAUCGAUUUGUUUGUCGAUAAAUUAUUAAUCAUUGUAUUUGAUUUGCAUGCGUGUACAGUACAUUAUGUGUGUCGAGAUUUUUUUUAUAAUUAUUUGUAAUAUAAAUAUAGCACGUUAUUUACAAUACCAUAA